AUAUCACUUCCCUCCAAUUUUCCCAAUUCCGGAACCCUUACUCUUCUUUCACAAUCCGCAAAAAUUCGUCCAUCAAAAUGAAAUUCAAAGCAUUUCUCACAGAAAAUGGCAUAAAUCUCCUGGAGAAGAGAACCCUCCCAGCAUUAGACAAAAUGGGCAAAGUUUCCCAUCUCUAUUUGACCCGUGACCACGCCAUCUUCCUCCACAAUCUCCUCAAUGGCCAUGGAAUUCAAUCCAUAGCCCAGUUCAAGAAAGAAGCCCUUUUCGAAGAUUACCGAAUUUCUAGCCAAAACGACGAUCAAAUUGCCUUUUCCAUUGACCUUACACUCCUCCACAGAGCACUACGCAGCAUCCUCACCAUUUACGCAGAAUCCGGCGAGGCCCACAAUCCGCCGGAUUUUAAUUUUGGUCGUUUACAGAUAAAGUUAGUCAAGAAAUUGCCACCGCAUUCGAACCAGCCAAUGCCGUUUUUGACGUUUGAAACUAAAGGUAGUAAAUCUGCUGUCAUACAGGAUGUGCCCAUAUCGAAACCCUUAUCGAGGGCUGAUGUUCAGGAGCUACAGAUGGCGCUGGAUGGUGCUCAGGAAAUGCCCAAGACAUUAGUUAAAGUUCCAGAGCUGAAUUCGUUACAGAAUUUUGUUGAUAGGAUGAAGCAUGUGGGAGAUGUGAUGGGGGUUUCGAUAAGUAAGUACGGUGAUUUGCAUUUGCAGAUGUCAACUACUUUGGUCAGGCUUGGGGCCGACUUUAGGAAGCUGAUGGUGAUUGGUGAGCAUGCGGAUGAGCGGCCUGAGGAUGGGAACUUGAGUGCUCAGAGUAGGACUGAGAGAGCUGUGCAGAGAGGGGAUGCAAUGACAGUCCAAGUGAGUGUCAAGCACUUUUUCAAGAGUUUACAAUGCAGUUUGGCAAGGCCAGAUUGUGCUUUUUAUGGAAUUGCGCCACAGGUUUCUUGCUUGACUGUGAUUUUUCAGUUCUUUAUUCCGGGUACUAGGCAAACCGAUAAAUCGAUCAGUCUGCAUUGCCGGCUUCCUGUGCUCGACCCCGGGUCUAAUUGAAGGCCUCUUGGUAAUCCUAAUCAAUCUGUUUCUGUAGUUUUGCAUUUAUCGUUUGUAGGUGAUGAUGUCUCAAAUAGUUUUUCACCUCUUCUUGGAUAGCUAUUUCAAUUAUGUGUCUUUCAUCAGCCAAUGUAUUGAUUGUUAACUCGUAUAGUGCUGAAUAGAAUCGUGUUUAUUUCAGUCAUGAGUAAUUGUUCUAAUGUGUUUUGAUCAUAUAGUAAAUUGCAAAGAAAUGUUUCAUGGAGUGAAAUCAGUGAAUUAGUUAAA